CCGUAGGCGACCUUCCAGCGAGAGCACGAGCUCUCACAGCUCCGCCCACCAUCCCGCCAUCGCCAGCGACCGCCCCAUCUCCCCACUCCGCCCCCACCCUUCUCCCCCUUCUCGCGGCUAUGGCCUCAUCCUGCGACCCCGCCGCCGUCCCGUUCACCCUCCUGGGCGCGCUCAUCACCGCCGGGCCCGCCGCCUGGCCGGCGUGCGUCGGCGGCGGCCGCGCCUUCCUCCGCGACUACGCCGAGCGCGGCACCAACGCGCUGCUGUGGGCGGGCCUCCUCGCCGUCACCUGGGUGCUGCUCCUCCGUCUCGCCGCGCUCUUCCGCCUCUGGGCCCUCGGGUCCCGCCUCCCCGGGCCGCACGCGCUCCUCGCCGACCCCGGCCUCGCCGCCGUCUUACGCGCCGGCGGCGACAUCACCGGCUUUAUAUCAAAAUUACAUGGCAGCUAUGGCCCAGUUGUUCGGCUGUGGUUAGGACCUUCUCAACUACUUGUAUCAGUUAAAGACCCUACUCUAAUUAAAGAGGUGCUAACAAAGGCUGAAGAUAAGUUACCAUUGACUGGGAGGACAUAUGAUUUAGCUUGUGGAAGACUUGGUCUAUUCGUUUCUUCAUUCGAGAAGGUCAAAAGUAGGAGAGAAUCUCUGAAAGUAUUCUUGAAUGAAAAACUUACAGUUGGUGCUGGUCGAGGUUCAUUCAAAAUUAUCGACAUUGUCCUUGAUAGAAUUGACUCUAUCAUGUCCAAGGAUUUUGUGGACAGUAAAUCUCUCUCCCAGCACAUGGCGUUUAACAUCAUUGGUGCAACACUUCUCGGUGAUGCCUUCUUCAAUUGGUCUGACGCCUCUGCUUAUGAGGAACUUCUUAUGAUGGUUGCAAAGGAUGGUUGCUUCUGGGCUUCUUAUGCUGUUCCUCCAUUCUGGAAACCUGAUUAUAGGAGGUACCGGACAAUAUGUGCAAAGCUGAAGAUAUUAACGCAGGGCAUCAUCAGAAAAGCAAGAGACCAAAAUAAUACACCUCACUAUUUUGAUCAGAGAUCCUGUCAGAAAGGCGAAGGGAUGAUAAAAGAGCCAAAUAGAGGUGUUUUAGAUGGCAUGAUGUCAGGUUGUUGUUUCCACGGGGCUACUGAAGGGUUACCUAGUUCAGAAGAGGAAAUAUGUGGAAACAUCAUGGGUUUGAUGUUGCAUGGUAUCUCCACUUCUGGUAACUUGAUUGGUAACAUUUUGGCAAGGCUUGUCUUGUCCCCGAAGUUGCAAGAUCAGUUACAUGCAGAUAUUGUUUCUGUUUGCAAUGAGUCAUCUGAGCUGGAGGUUGAUGACGUGCCUAGGAUGCGAUUCCUACUUGCUACUGUAUGUGAAUCUGCUCGCCUUUUGCCUGCUGGACCUCUUCUGCAGCGAUGUUCUUUGAAACAAGAUUUGACUCUUGAAUCCAGUAUCACUGUGCCAGCUGGAGCGAUAUUGGUUGUUCCUUUGCAUCUCGUGCAAAUGGAUGCUUCUAUGUGGGGCAACGAUGCUGACCAGUUCAAUCUUCAUCGGUUCCUGAAAAAGGAUAUUGAUCUUGGAGAAAUAUUAGCAGCGCCUAAAGGCUCAAAUGUGAUCAAUAUUUCCACCGAAUGUCCUAAGUCCGAAUCAUUUCUUCCAUUUGGUUCUGGGAGUCGAGCAUGUGUUGGGCAGAAGUUUGUGAUUCUUGCAAUAUCAAUGUUGAUUGCCAGUCUGCUCCGCAACUAUGAGUUACAUCCGCAUCCAAGUUGGUCUAAAGAAAUGGAUUCUGCUGUUGACAGCAGCCACCUUCGCCAUCUUUCGAACCCGAAGAUGAUACUUACAAAAAGAAGGAUCUAAAGGGGUUUGGCCAAUUAAAAUUUGAGGCGUGUGCUUUCAUUAUAUUGUUUUUUACUGGUGUUACACCAGGAUAUGAUCUUUAGUUUCCUACCGGUGUUGGACCAUGCUGAAGUUUCAAAAGGUGUUACUUAGCGACGUGGUAGUGCUUUUUUUCCUCCAGCUUUUUGAUAGCCCCAGUGAGCUUCGUCAGAUUUUGGUUCUCGUUAGGGUUUUGGAGCACCCGUGGGCUGUUAGAUCACAGGAGGUAUAUGCUGAUGUGCAUACACAAAUUGUAGUUUGUAAGUUGGGAGUUUUCUCCUCACAGGAGGUAUAUGCUAAUGUCCAGUGUAUCAUGUUGUCUUAUAUGUUGUACCAUACUUAUUCGUAUGGCUAUACUAUUGUUUCCACUAUAAUUGGUGAAACUUAUGGGGA